AUGGAUCAGAACAACAACCUCCCACCUUAUGCCCAGGGCCUGGCCUUCCCUCAGGGUGCCAUGACUCCUGGAAUCCCUAUCUUUAGUCUGAUGAUGCCUUAUGGCACAGGACUGACUCCACAGCCUAUUCAGAACACCAACAGUCUGUCUAUAUUGGAAGAGCAGCAAAGACAGCAGCAGCAGCAGGCGGCAAUGGCAGCCGUUCAGCAGUCGACGUCCCAGUAGGCAACCCAGGGGGCCUCGGGCCAGACACCACAGCUUUUCCACUCACAGACUUUAACAACCGCACCCUUGCCGGGCACCACUGCCCUGUAUCCCUCCCCCAUGACCCCUAUUACCCCUGCCACGCCAGCCUCAGAGAGCUCUGGGAUUGUGCCGCAGCUGCAAAAUAUUGUAUCCACAGUGAAUCUUGGUUGUAAACUUGACCUAAAGACCAUUGCACUUCGUGCAGGGAAUGCUGAAUAUAAUCCCAAGCGGUUUGCUGCUGUAAUUAUGAGAAUAAGAGAGCCCCGGACCACUGCACUGAUAUUCAGUUCUGGGAAGAUGGUGUGCACAGGAGCCAAGAGUGAAGAACAGUCCAGACUAGCAGCAAGAAAAUAUGCCAGGGUUGUACAGAAGUUGGGUGUUCCAGCUAAGUACUUGGACUUCAAGAUUCAGAACAUGGGGGGGGGGAGCUGUGAUGUGAAGUUCCCUAUAAGGUUAGAAGGCUUUGCGCUUACCCACCAACAGUUCAGUAGUUAUGAGCCAGAGUUGUUUCCUGGUUUAAUCUACAGAAUGACCAAACCGAGAAUUGUUCUCCUUAUUUUUGUUUCUGGAAAAGUUAUAUUAACAGGUGCUAAAGUCAGAGCAGAAAUUUACGAAGCCUUUGAGAACAUCUACCCUAUUCUAAAGGGUUUCAGGAAGACAACGUAA